UCGUCAAAUAUCAAAUAACAAAUGAAAAUGGCGACGGAUGGGUGUGAAGUAACUUCGGACGAGUUAAUUAAUUUUAAAUGUACACCUUGUGCUGAACUUAACAAAACAAAAGAAGCUGUAAAAUAUUGUGUACAAUGUCAAGGAUAUUGUUGUCAGACUUGUGUGGACACACAUCGUGUAUUUCCUGCUUUAAAAGGACAUACACUGGUGGAUAAGUUGAACUUAAAGUCACAAUUAGUAGCAACUGAACUUCCGGUUGUCCCUACAGAGAUAUGUAUUACCCAUGGGAUAAUAAUUCUGGACAUGUACUGUGAGAACCAUGACGUCGUUGGCUGUACAAGUUGUAUAACUCUUAACCACCGGAGUUGUUCAGACGUCCACCUUAUACCGGACAUUAUCGAUAACCUUCUCAGCAAAUCUGACAUAGGUAAAAUAGACCAGAAGCUACAAGAUGGCGAUGAAUGAAAUUAAAUCAAGUAGGGAAACGCUUAUUCAAAGGUUAAGUAAAUCUAAAACAGAAGCUGAAAACGAGAUAAGGAAUGUCCGAAUGGCGAUGGAAACGCUUCUAAAUUCUCUCGAGAAAGAAUCUUUAAAAGAAAUUGAAGAACAGUUCAGGCAGAUGAAGCUACAGUUAGAGGAGGAGAAAAAAGGAGCAGAAGAUGAAUUGGACAUUUUAAAACAAGCCGAGGAGGGUCUCGUGAAAGCAGAAGGGAACCGAGCCCAACAAUUUGUUUCCCUGAAAAGAGCUCAGAAUAUAAUUGCUCAAACCAAAGAAAUGUCUCGUUCACUACGAUUAACAAAUGAUGCAAAUAUAUUAUUCGCUCCCGAUUCAGCUAUACGUUAUUUCUUAUUAAAUCGUAAGACGCUUGGAUCAGUCAACCACGAUGUUGCCACACAGAUAAAACAAAGGAAAGCGUUGUAUACAAUUAAGGCAACUAGAGAACUUCAUAUCAAAAUGCAAAAUGAUGAGUCAUCCUGUUGGGUACAUGGUUCAUGUUUAACAGAAGACGGUGCCCUGCUUAUGGCUGACUUCAACAACGACACACUGAAACGAGCAAACAAUGUCAAAAAUCCAUUGCUGGAUCAGUGUAAGUUACCCGAUCACCCUUAUAGUGUAUGCUGCCUAAAUAAGCACGAAGCGGCCGUCACCUUGCUGAACAACACUGUUCAAUUUGUCUCCCUUGCAGAUAAGAUGACGCCUACACGUCAGAUAAAGCUGACCCAUUAUUGCUUUGGUAUCGCUUGCAAGGGAGAUAAAUUGUAUAUAACUGAUAACAUUAACUCACUCUAUAUACACGAUAUGACAGGAAACCUACUGAAGAAAGUCUUACAAAACAUUCCCGGGAGUCGGCAUAUUGCCUUCAGUGAUACUGGAAAUGAAACGUUUGUAGCAUGUCUGGGUAUAGGCCUUAUAACUAUUGAUGUGAAUGCAAAACAUACGAACACUUACACUGCUUCAGAUAUCUCAGAUUCAACAGGAAUUUGUUCAGAUGGAAGAGGCAAUCUAUUUGUGUGUGGAUUCAAUUCUAGUACUGUUGUCCAGAUUGGACAAGAUUUAAAUAAAAUUGGUGAAAUAGUGAAACGAUCAAAUGGACUGAAACAUCCUCAGUCGCUGUGCUUUGACCAUCGGACUUCAACUUUGAUCGUCACACAAUCACACCAAUCAAACAGCGACAUAGUGAAAUUAUUCGACUUACAAUAAGCAUCAUAUAAUUAUAAGUGGUUCACUCAAAGAUAUACAUUGUAUCUGAUAAAUUCGCUUUUGAAAAUCUAGUGUAAUUUGGAUUUGCUGCUUCAGUUACUAGCAGCUUUCAGAUCUAUAAAAAUAAUUAAUAUUAGAAGUUACAUAAUGCCCUAAAAGGAAAGAAUAUUAGUCAUAAGACAUUAUUUUGUAAAAAUAUAUUAAAAGUACACUAUUUUGUUUAUUCUUUUUUGUACAAUUCAGUAAAUCGGAUUCUGAAGAGUGUGUAGAUUAAUAUUAUUGAAAUCAUCACAGUCACCCAGAUAGUUUGAUAAACUAAUAAACCUGGAAAUUUUAACUGUAGGUGUUUGGAUUGUAAUUUUUGAAUUAGCCUACUAGUUUAGGAUAUCUGGUACAUUUGUAAUCCUAAUUUUUCAUACUGUUUGAUGCUACCACGUGUCCGAAAGAAAAAAUAUACUGUGUUAAGUUUCAUUUGAUAGGGCUUCUUACCUGCUCUGAAAGAAAUUUUCAAGAAUAAGAAGGUCGGAAAUAUUUCAUAGAUUAUAUUGUUUAAAAGUUCAAUGUACAUACGCUUUGCCUUGUAUGCUGCCCAUUGUCUAUGGAAAACUACAUUGAAAAAAAAUAUUACAAAACUAAAUUUAUUUUAAAUAACUUCAAACUUUUGAAACUGAAGAUGAAAGCAGGACUGCCAAUAGAAUGAAAUACAGAGCUUCAUUUUAAACAAGAUUUACAUUAAACGCAUUACAUAGACGACAGUAUUGACACAAAACUAUUACACGCUCUGUAAAAUAAAGAUGGUUUUAUGUUCUCUGGAAGAUAGACAUAUUCCCGCCGUUUAUUAUAGUGUGAUG